ACCCCCAGGGCCACCCCCGGGCCACCCCCGGGCCACCACAGGGCCACCCCCGGGCCACCACGGGGCCACCACGGGGCCACCACGGGGGGGCCGGGUUAUAUUUAGCGGCCGGCGGGGCCGAUCGGGUUUCGGGCGGGCGCGGUGACAUGGAGGUGGCAGUGGCACCCCGCGAGGGUGGCCCGGUGGCCGCGGGGCCCGUGCUGGGGCUGUGGCCGGCGGUGGCCCCCGGCAAGCGGCCCAAGAAAUCCGCGGUGCUCUUCUUCGAGGUGGAGAUCCUGGACGCCCGCACCAGGGACAAGCUCUGCUUCCUCGACAAGGUGGAGCCUCAGGCCACGGUGGCCGACAUCAAAAACCUGUUCAGCAAAAGCCAUCCCCAGUGGUACCCGGCGAGGCAGUCCCUGCGCCUGGACCCCAAGGGGCGCUCGCUGAAGGACGAGGACGUGCUGCAGUCGCUGCCCGUGGGCACCACGGCCACGCUCUACUUCCGGGACCUGGGGGCGCAGAUCAGCUGGGUCACGGUGUUCCUGACGGAGUACGCGGGCCCCCUGCUCAUUUACCUGCUGUUCUAUUUCCGGGUCCCGUUCCUCUACGGGCCCCGCUACGACUUCACGGCCAGCCGGCACCGCGUGGUCCACCUGGCGUGCUGCUGUCACUCGUUCCACUACGUCAAGCGGCUGCUGGAGACGCUCUUCGUGCACCGCUUCUCGCACGGCACCAUGCCCCUGCGCAACAUCUUCAAGAACUGCACCUACUACUGGGGCUUCGCUGCCUGGAUGGCGUACUACAUCAACCACCCGCUGUACACCCCGCCAGCGUACGGUGACGAGCAGGUGAAGCUGGCCCUGGCCGUGUUCCUGUUCUGCCAGCUCGGGAACUUCUCCAUCCACGUGGCCCUGAGGAACCUGCGGCCCGCGGGCUCCAAGGCCCGGAAGAUCCCGUACCCCACCCGGAACCCGUUCACGUGGCUCUUCCUGCUCGUCUCCUGCCCCAACUACACCUACGAGGUCGGCUCCUGGAUCGGUUUCACCAUCAUGACCCAGUGCCUGCCCGUGGCGCUGUUCUCGCUGGUGGGCUUUGUGCAGAUGGCGAUCUGGGCUCAGGGCAAGCACCGCAGUUACCUGCGCGAGUUCCGGGACUACCCCCCGCUGCGCUCGCCCAUCGUCCCCUUCCUGCUGUGACACCGCGGGGACAUCCCUGGGGACAGCCCCCGGUGUCCCCUUCCUGCUGUGACACCGCGGGGACAUCCCUGGGGACAGCCCCCGGUGUCCCCUUCCUGCUGUGACACCGCGGGGACAUCCCUGGUGACAGCCCCAUCGUCCCCUUCCUGCUGUGACACCGCGGGGACAUCCCUGGGGACAUCCCCCAUCGUCCCCUUCCUGCUGUGACACCGUGGGGACAUCCCUGGGGACAGCCCCUGGUGUCCCCUUCCUGCUGUGACAUCCCUGGGGACAUCCCCCGGUGUCCCCUUCCUGCUGUGACAUCCCUGGGGACAGCACCAGUGUCCCCUCCCUGCUGUGACACUGCGGGGACAUCCCUGGGGACAUCCCCCGGUGUCCCCUCCCUGCUGUGACACUGCGGGGACAGCCCCAGUGUCCCCUUCCUGCUGUGACACUGCAGGGACACCCAGGGACAUCCCUGGGGACAUUCCCCAGUGUCCCCUUCCUGUUGUGACAUCCCUGGGGACAUCCCUGGGGACAGCCCCAGUGUCCCCUUCCUGCUGUGACACUGCAGGGACACCCAGGGACAUCCCUGGGGACGUCCCCGGGACAUUCCCCAGUGUCCCCUUCCUGCUGUGACACCGUGGGGACAUCCCUGGGGACAGCCCCAGUGUCCCCUUCCUGCUGUGACAUCCCUGGGGACAGCCCCAGUGUCCCCUUCCUGCUGUGACACUGCAGGGACAUCCCUGGGGACAUCCCCCGGUGUCCCCUCCCCACUGUGACACCUUGGGGACACCGUGAUGUGUCCCUGCCAGCCCUGCCCUGAGCUUUGGGGACACUGAGGGGACAGGGGACGUGAGCCCUUUGUCACCUUGUCACCUGGGGUCACAGCAGGACACGGCAGUGUGGCCCCACUGUCCCGUGUCACACGCUGUGUCCCAGCUCUGGUGUCCCCUCCCUGGUGGCAGUGUCACCUCCAGGCUGCCACCGCCAGUGUCCCCUCCCCGGUGGCUGUGUCCCCUCCCCGGUGGCAGUGUCCCCUCCCUGGUGGCAGUGUCACCUCCAGGGUACCAUCCUCGGUGUCCCCUCUGCAGUGGCAGUGUCACCUCCAGGGUGGCAGUGUCCCCUCUCUGGUGGCAGUGUCACCUCCCCAGUGCCACCCCCAGUGUCCCCUCCCCAGUGGCAGUGUCACCUCCCCAAGUGCCACCCCCGGUGUCCCCUCCCCGGUGGCAGUGUCACCUCCAGGGUGCCAUCCCCAGUGUCCCCUCCAUGGUGGCAGUGUCACCUCCCCAAGUGCCACCCCCAGUGUCCCCUCCAUGGUGGCAGUGUCACCUCCCCAGUGCCACCCCCAGUGUCCCCUCCGUGGUGGCAGUGUCACCUCCCCAGUGCCACCCCCAGUGUCCCCUCCGUGGUGGCAGUGUCCCCAGCAGCGCUGGCCCAGUCACCCGCAGCCACCCCUGGUGACACCGCGGUGUCACCCCCGCGUGGCCCUGCCCAGUGCCACCCCCUCCCCCCGUCCCCGCAGGUGACAAUAAAUGCCAUCCCCCA